AUGGAAAAUGGGAACUUCAACAUAGACAGACCAGAUGUGACCCAUUCUUCUCUCAGGAUUCCUCCAGAUGAGGCUGCAAAGCCAGCAGUAUAUUUCUGUGCUGUUUCUCAGGCACAACGAAGGCAAUAUGAAGUUCAUUUGGCUGCUAGCAUUCUUGGGAGCAACUGCUAUCCAGUUGCCUUCCCCAUCGAAGAUGAAAAUGAUGAUAAGAUUGUGGGUGGCUACACCUGCCAAAAGCAUUCUGUUCCCUAUCAGGUCUCCCUGAAUGUCGGGCAACAUAUCUGUGGUGGCUCCAUCCUAAACAACCAAUGGAUUGUUUCAGCUGCUCACUGCUCUAGGUCCCGCAUCCAAGUGAGACUUGGGGAACACAGUUUGACCAAAGAUGAUGGCUCCGAGCAGUACAUUGAUGCAGUCAAAAUCAUUCUCCAUCCCAAAUACAACCCCCGAACUUUGGACAAUGACAUCAUGCUCAUCAAACUAUCCAAACCAGCCACUCUCAAUUCCCGUGUUUCAGCAAUCCGUCUACCAAGCAGCUGUCCAUCCACCGGAGCAGUAUGUUUAGUCUCUGGCUGGGGCAACACCCUCAGCAGUGGCAUACACUAUCCAGACCUCCUACAGUGCCUGGAUGUCCCUGUACUUUCACAGAGUGAGUGCAUUGGGUCUUAUAAAGGGAAAAUCACCAACAAUAUGUUUUGUGCAGGAUACCUAGAAGGUGGAAAAGACUCUUGUCAGUGUGACUCUGGUGGUCCAGUUGUCUGCAAUGGGGAACUCCAAGGAAUUGUCUCUUGGGGCAGAGGAUGUGCUCUGAAAGGCUUCCCUGGUGUCUACACUAAAGUUUGCAACUACGUUUCCUGGAUUCAAGAAACCAUCCGUUCCAACUGAUCUGCACUUCCUGUCUGGAAAGCUCCCUUUUUGACAUCUCCAGCUGACAUUUCACAGAUUGAG